AUGAGUUAUGCCAGGCUUCAAGUUGCAGAUGCAGUUGUUGAAACACGCGCUUCGUCCCGACGUGUGGAUCCUGUGACUGGCAUUGCGUACUACACGAAUCCAAACAGCGUGGCAAUCAGACAGCGGCUCAUUCAAUGUCCACAUGACCAGCCAGAGAAGGUUCGUGUGCGAGUUGCCCUUUUCGGCGAGAACAUACAGCAGGUUGCAGAUUCCUGGAAGAGAGUCUUUAGCAGUGUUCUCGCCGAUGGCCAGCCGGAAGAUGUUGCUGCAGGCGUGCUGGAAAGAGUCUCUAAUCCUCUGCAAUCAGAGAUUGCACAGGACCCGAACAGUGGCCUCUGAGAGGUUUUUCACGACGCCUCUUGUCUUGUCAAUCGCAAAAAUUGAAGGAACUCUCAGGCCAUGGGUUCCGCUCCCACGGAUGCAUUGGUAAAGCUAGUGGCAAGGCAAGUUUGAGCCUUGUGCUCAAGUGCUGGUUUCACAGGAGCUGAAAGCUGGCUUCUCUUGCAAGACAACGCAAGCAUAAUUAUAC